AUGCGUGCAGCGAGUGCUCCUGCAGAGGAUAGCCUCGUGAUGGGCCUGAUCGAGGACCUCAACGGCCAUCUGCAAGAAGCGGUCCACCAGCUCUCCGCGGAGCUGACGACUGCCAGAAACGUGAUCAAUACCCAACAGGGCCUCAUUACUACUCUCAACGCUAGGCUAGAGAGCCUUGAAACUUACGUGAACGCGCUACAAAGCCGUCAGAUCCUACCACUCGACCCCUUCACUGCAACGCGUGAGGUUGCGGCGCACGGGCCACCGCCAAGAGCCGCUUCCACGGGAGGUUUAGCGUCCACCCCAAUACAGCUAGAUGCCGCGCCUGAGAGCCGCGCGAUAAACUCAACCGCACCUCAGCCGCAGCCGCAAUAUCAGAAUCCAACAAAGGCUACGAAACAAGCCGUACAGCCACCUGAGGGCCCCAAAAAAUAUAAGAAACAGGCCUUGGCACCCUCGAAGGCUCUGUCAACAACUAAUUUGAAGCCCGUAAGUACCCGGAGCAAGGAGGAGAGGCGCCUAAUCUUUAGACGACGAUAUCCUAAAGAUGCUCCUACCGCAUUGAAAGCCGAUAUCCUCUUAGCCCUUAACCGUGCCCUUGCUAAGGCAGGUUUUCCUGACUUUGUAAGAGCGGUCGAUUCUGGAUACGCGGCCUCAGGGGCCUUAACAGUGCUCCUAGAGCGAGGCACUCGCAGCAGCACCCUCGUGCCCGUCUACAACGAUACUCUACUAGCCGCUGUAAGGCAAACAGAUCCAGCAGUUAUUUCCGUGGAGAUUAGCGAACAGUGGCACCGUGUUAAGGUACAGGCAGUGCCUGUGGACCGCUACAUGUAUAAUGACCAAGGCCUAGCACUAGCCCAAGAAGAGAUUGAGCUGGGAACACCAUAUAGGCUUAAACGAGAGCCAACGUGGCUCAAAAGAGCUAAGACUAUACAGGCUAGCAACCAGAGAUUUGCCACGAUUGUGAUCACACACCUUAUUGGGAGUCAAAUCCUGAGAGUAUCUGCCCCCGAUGCUGCGGAAUCGGCUACUCCGGCUUCAUGGCUUGUGGUGGCAGGCCUCCUAGAUGCGCGAUCUGCGCAGGUGACCAUGAGGCAAUAG